AUGGCCGAACACGCGGCAGCGAUGCGCAGAACUAACGCCAGCUCUCAAGUUGCGGCUCAUUCGACGAGAUGCGGCCACACAUUCCAUUUCGAUGAGGCCGAAAUUCUCGCAAGAGGCGACAACCGCGUGAGCCGGGACCUACUGGAAUCAUGGUUUACUGGUUCCCAGUCCAUCAACAAGUGCAACGAUCUUCCCACUCCAUACUGCAUGCUAAAAUUUCGCCUAGGCGGAGUAACAAGCCAUGCGGGGAGCGCAGAGGUGAACACUUUUCCCAACACCGGGGUCGGUGCGUCGGAUGGUCGAGCAAUCAUCACGCCAACAUCCAACGCACGUGAUGAAAUUGCAGCAAUUAUCGGCUCGAAUGUCGGCCAUCAAGCAGUGAUCACACCAAGUGCGACGAUCCCGGAUGAAGGGGGAGCCGUGAAUCUUCAUAGGUAUGCGGUAGCAUGGCUACUGCAUCCUAUAAAUACCGCAGUCCCUUGUGCAAUAACCACCCAUUUCUGCUCUUUUGUCUCUGAUGAUGGAUUCGAGUAGGAAUCCGAAACGUCAGGCUAAUAAAGCUCUUGUCCCGGCGAUCGUGUCUCCUUCUUAAAGUGGACUAGUUGUUUCCGCAGUCUAGGCUACCCUGGGCAUUGAAUAUGUCACAUGCAAUAACUCCUUCACCCACACGAUCCACCGUCCACUCGACGGGUAGUAUCCUCGGGCACAGUAGCUGAUAAAGCCAAACAGCCCGUCUUUUCGUGUCGAAUAGUUUUCACUCCUCAGGUAUCAGGCCUAAGUAAGAGCGCUCCGCUGAGUCCCCCACCACUAACAGCACCGUGAAGGCCAUAUUUCAGCCUGACUAUGAGUACUGGGAAUUACCCAGUUAUCCACUCAGUUGGAAGCGUCAGAUUUAUUCUAGUGAGGAAGGCGCCGAUAUGCCUUUAAGAUUUAUUUCCUGUAGGGGACAACUUUUAUCUCCCAGUCUGUCCCAGUCUGUCAACCAGUUGGUGAUGGGAGGGAGUGGGCACAGGGAGUGUCGUGGCGUAGAGGUCAGUGUCAAUGGCGCGCGACCAACCCCCAUGUUCGGCAGUAGUAAUGACCUUGCACAGAUUCUGCAAAAUCAGAUAAACGGGUGCAGUGAGCCAGCCGGAUCGCCCUGAUCAGGUCCAACACAUCAGCACCGCAGCGCGCGAGGUCAUUCAAAUAUGACCUAGUUAUACCGUAAGACCAUCAGUUUUGCAACCGCGCCUACGUAAUUCUUCCUAAUUGAAAACACAUUUCAGAAUUUCAGCCAACAGUUCACGAGAUCGCUCACUCACUGUACUUUAUGAAGCCCUAAUGUGUGUGUCGAUCAUCGCACGUACCUGAUCACACAGAGAGUUAUCGAUGUCCGUAACGACAAAUGCAAUGGAUGCAUUUAUGGCAGACAUAUUGUCUACCAUGUGACAACUUGUCAGCAUGCAUUUCGAACAUGCCCCUAACGCGAGCGAUAUGUUUGCCCUCAUCUGACAGAAUAAAAAGUGAAGUCAAUGCAUUUCUCUGGGGAACCACGAAUUGGUGUUAGAUACGGCAGUAACAACUGGCGUGGCCAGACCACAGGCUAAAUGCCACAUCAUGAUACCGGCUCCUUUUUUGUGUGCGUUUGAACUAGACAGGCUAAUCCGGUUUCGGUUUAUGUAGAUGUAGUGAAACCAAAGCGCGCAUGCUCGCUGCGAAUUCGGCGUAAACGUCAGUCCCUAUCCGGCCAACAGCAACAAAUUCGUCUUGAAAUAAAAUCGGCUUAAACAUUCCGGAUCCAAAGACGAAGAAGCCUAUUUAAGUAGUGAUGUCAGGGACUAAAUGCCCUUAGAAGUUGUCCAGGGUGCAUGGGUAUGACACAAUAUAUUCAUAAAAAAACCUUAUCUGCAAUAAAUCGGGUGCUGCAACUUUUCGUAGCCGUGUGUCAUGAUCUAUUAGACCAACUCAAGUAAAUCAUUUGGCGUUUUUUAUAGCUAACUUCAAGUUAUGUCCGAUCGCUGAAGAAAACAGACAAUGAUUAAGCUUAUCGAGAAGCGAAUAUAAUGCACAUGUACGCAGCACAUGGCGCGAAUGAGGAAUUGAGUAAAAUUUAAAUAAAAAGUGCAAAAUGUCAGAGACUGUUGCAAAAAUAUAACGUCUGAAUCUCCAGCGAAUAAUGAAUAAGGUUAAGUUUACAAUGACAGACAAACACUAGUUAAAGUGGUAAAAUACUGCUAAAAGUGUUGAUUUUCUUAAAGUAGGCCCAAUUGCCUAAAGCGCGAGAAUUUGUGUCAAAUUUGUAGACUCCAAAUGUUAAAAUACGAAAUGUCUCUCUGUAAAUAAAACCUGUAUAAGGACAGAAACGCUCUAUAAACUUUUGUCAUAAAAGUAAAAUGCGACUAGAUGACAAUUGCCAAAUGUUUACUUAUUUGGACUGAGGCUAAUUUAUUUCGACGAAGGAUUUCCGUCCAUAAAUUGCACGGCGUGCAGGUAACCAGGAUAAUGAGAUUUCACAAAAUAUUUCUUAUACGCGGUUCACGUGAGUAAAUGCCGUCAAAGAGUCUCACGCCGAGAAGCCGCUAAACAGCGUAGCGCUGCUGAUUUUUAUAUCACGCAGUGGGGAAAAUAAAUUGCUCUAAAACCAUCAUGUUACGUGCUCAAUGCUAAAAACUUGGCGUACAUCCGCGCCCUUACUCGUGGAAUAUUUGAAUAGUUUGGCAAGGUAAAGCAAAAUAAACUGCUCGGUUACAUAAAUUUGCAAUGCUUCGCAAAGGUGAAAUUGAGAAAAGAUAAUUAAAGUCGUCUUCUUUAAAAAUAAUAUGCUUAGUCCCUUCUGGUUUCUAAAAAAUAACAUUUAUCAUGUAAGAAAAUUAUAUUUUGGCGAAUUUAUUUUGCCUUGAUUACUUUUCUCGCGGCUGAGACAAAUGCGAUAACGUGCGAAUGUGGUCUGGUACAGAUAUUACCAUAGAGCACCCCCAAUAUAGGGUACCGUUGUUUUCCUCCAAACCUUUACGAUUCAAAGUCGUUAGAUUGAAUUAGAAACGUAUUCUUCAUAGGCAAGUAACAGUUUCUGGGGCGUGGAAGGAUAACUAACACAAUAUGCAACGUUUGAAGAUCCCCCAAAUAAAUUAGUUGCAUGAAGGACAUCAUAUUUCAUCCGUUAUGCUACUUCAAAUAUGCUUAUAUUUCCCAUGAUUGAAAUGAGGCACAUCGUCGGCGGCAUAACUGGCAUAAAAUAAUUCAAGUUCUGAAAAGAGCUUUAUGGCCUAAUUCUAGUUAUUUCAUUAUAAUGUCAUUUAUCUGGAUUAUUUUUAGGUUUUUAGCAUUUCUGACGCUGUCGCGGGUUGGCGACAGGUCUGCUCUGUAAGAUAAUAUGCGGAAACCUUAUAACUGGAAACUUUUGUAAAACCAAAGUUUACCCUCUCUUUGGCCAUAGUAAGAAACAAAUUGUGAAUUUCUACAAAAUAAGUGGAAGAAAGAAUAUUUUGCGUACGUUUUUAUAAAGUAUAUUCGAAUGUAUAAGCCCAUGGAAAAUCUAUCUGAAAAAAUUCAUGCUACGUUACAGAGAGCUGUUUCUGCACUGGGUGAAAAGGAAAUGCGUUCAAAAGCCGACAACCUGGAAAGUCCAAAAUAUUAAAGGAAUAAGUCGCGUGAUAGUUAUUAUUGCAAAUUGAACUUGCAGUUCCUAUUCGACAACAAUCUAUAUAGGCAGAUGGACGGCGAAGCUAUAGGUCCACAUCUUAGCCAGCUUUGGCGAAUAUAUUCAUGGGAAAGUUGUUAGAAGCUUUCCAACUACGUCACCAGAUCAACCGUUUAAGAUACUAUGGGCGGUGGUACGUGGAUAAUAUAUUGGCAAUUGCACCGAAACAAUGUGACAUCACCUCAAGUCGUCGACUGGAUGACAUAAAUCAGGCGCAUCCAUCAAUAAAAUUCACUCUGGAUGAAGAGGAAGAACAGUACACCGGUUCACUUGCCCUUCCGGAUGUGCUUCUGAGUAGAAGACCUACCUACCGGCAGCAUUGGAGGUAGCGUCCCAUUCUACUAUUCGGAUUGGGCAAAGACAAACUACCACCUCAGACCACCUCUAUGUGUAUUUACUCCUCCUUCACCUGUUCCACCUGUGGGGCAGAAUAUGUUGGUGGCAAGAGCCGGCGUUUAUCCAAGAACAUCUCCCAGCAGGCCUGGCUAGGAAAGGGUCAAAACAGCUCAAUGCUCGCCCGCUCACGUGGUAGACAGAGACCACCGUGUAGACGCAGACCAGAGAGUCCUUCAGAGUAAUUUACAAGGUGCCAUCAAACUAUCCAAAAACUGCUUGGACAGCGCUUCUUGGCUACGGCAGAGGCGGCUGCAAUCAGGCUACGCGCGGACCGGUCCUAUGCACCCAGACGAAUUUCCUACGCGUCCCAGAGUUGGCAUGGGUCAAAGCCACUAAGCCAGCCACCCGCCCGCCCGCAUGUAAUUACUUUCGCCGCCGCCGCCGCCGCCGCCGCCGCCGCCGCCGCCGCCGCCGCCGCCGCCGCCGCCGCCGCCGCUGCCGCCGCCGCCGCCGCCGCCGCCGCCGCCGCCGCCGCCGCCGCCGCCGCCGCCACCACCACCACCACCACCACCACCACCACCACCACCACCCACCUUCUCCCUGACGCUGACUGCAAUUCUUUUCUUUCACUCUGCCCCUCCCCCCCAUCGCUAAACGCGAAGUACAGCUUAAUUAUCAAUUGCUCAUAUCAAUACCUGAAUAGUCGUCAGAAAUAUCGGGGCGGCUUGCUGUGCUGCUGA